CGUUAAUAUUUUGAAUUAGCAUAAAAGAAAGUUUCAAGGCAAAAUUAAAAAAAAAAACUCGAAAUUUGAAGGGGAACGGUGUGGGACAUACAACGCACUCUAGCGUUCGUGCACUUAGCUAAAUAAGAAAAAGUUGGACGAUUCAGCGUCCCAAGUGGACGAGUGACAACAACACGUUGCAUUUGGUGAUCGCGAGAAAUUAUAUUUUUUUCGCUUAUUCAGUCUUUAAUAUAAGUAUCAUCGUGAGUGACGAUUGUAAGUGAUGGGGAAGACGAGGACGGGUAAGGCCGCCGCCGUGUGCACGGCAGUGGCGUUCAUUCUAGUGGUGAUCGCGUUCACCACACCCAAUUGGCUGGAAACUGAUGGCAAACUAAAUAAUCCGCAAUUUGUUAAAAUUGGUCUGUGGCAAGUGUGUUUCCAAGGCUUCCAGGAUCCACGUCAUCUUUACGACACCAGAUUCUAUGGCUGCUGGUGGGUCUUCGAGGAAGAAUAUUAUAUCAUACACGAUAUACUCUUGCCUGAUUUCUUCGUCGCUACGCAGUUCUUCUUCACGCUAUGCCUGACUCUAUUGCUGAUAGGGAGUUUUCUGACAAUUAUGUACACCUGUUGCUCUCGUCAUCAUGACAAGUACCAGCUUCUUCUGUGGACAACAGGUGGUAAUUUAUCUUUAGCUGGAGUGUGCGGUGUUAUAGCAGUGAUUAUAUUUGGCGCCAGAGGCGACGGACGAGACUGGAUGCCCAAUUGGGAGCACAAUGACAUAGGUUGGUCUUAUGCCUUAGCUGUUGUGGGCAGCUUUACUCUCAUAGCAGCUGGUAUUCUAUUCCUAAUUGAAGGUCGCAGGCACAGAAAAAAGCAGGAGCGAAUAUUGAACGAAGAACAGAAAACACACACAACCAUUUAGCACAUAUUCACAAACUAAUUAAUUUAACACAUAUAACAAUAUUUUUUUUGCCAUGUUAAAUACAAAUACAAAUUAAUCUUUAAAGACUCAUAUAAUAUUAUAUUGUUAUAUCUGUACUUCAUAACUUGACAUAUUGAAUUUGCAGAUAUAUCGCAUAUAUAAGAUAUAUACAUAUUUUACAUAUACAAAAAAAUAGACUACGUAGAAUAUAUUGAGCUAUUCUGAUAUUAUCAUUACGUUAAAGUUGUAUAAGAAACGUUUUAAAAAAAAAAAAAAAAAAGCCUUUUAAAUGCUUUUAUAUAUGUGAGACGUUAUACGAGACAUAUCUGAAAUAAUCCGUCCAUUAUAUAUAAUUCGUAUUAUUCAGAAAAUAUUUGUAGGGACUAAUUUUUGUACAUGUACAUAAGUUUAAUAGAUUAUGUGAAUGUUAUAAAGAAUAAAUCUGUCUUAUUUGUAUACUAUAUUUAUAGAAAUAAAUAAAACAAUUUUUUCUAA